UACAUGAAAAAUCCUUUUUACACACUUUAUUACAUAAUUACCCUCACACGCCUAUUACUACAUUUAUACUUACAAACUUAUUUUUAUUACACAUUUACCACUUACUCAUCAUACCAUGCAUACACGUGUUCUCUCCCCAUGCAUCAUCAAUCAAAUCAUACUCUCUUCCCUCUCUUUUUUCAUUUUGUUUUCAUUUCAUUUUCUAUUCUUCAUUUCUGUUCUCUAAGUUCAUUUUGAAUUCAAGUAACCUCCAUUAACCACCCAUAAUUUAUCACGUUUUUCCCUCUUAUUUUUGGUUCAUCCACGAAUUUUCAACUUCCUCUUAGCCCACGAUUUAGCAACUGUUUUUCCCUCUCUGUUUCAUUUUUUUUCAAUCUUAUUUAUACCAUGGCAAUCACUCGGUCAUCUUCAUCCCCUUCUCCAGUUCUCAAAAAAAAAUCAAAAAUGGGCAAGAAAUCUUUAGCUAACAAAUCCAAGGGUAAACGCCCAAUCAAUGAUGAUUUUGAUUCUGAUUUUGAAGCUCCCAUGCCGAAGCGUGUGAGACCCCAUUCUUCGAAGAAAUCGAAGCUGAACUUGGAGGAGCCCACGCUUCCAGAAAUUUCUGGGAAAAAAUUUCAAAAAUCUAUUACACAUGCUGAAGAUCGGACUGAGGUUUGGGACUGUAAAUUUAGUCCUUCUGAUUUUUACAGAUCUAAGUGUGUGUGCACCAGUGUGUAUUCUGUGAUAAAUAAUAUUAAAAACACUUUAUCUGUUAAUUUGCUUUCUUUGUUUCGUCAAACUCAGUUUGGGCAUUUUCUGGAUAUGCCUGAGUUUGUUUUUCACCCACAAGUCGUUCAUAGUUUAUUACUAAGGGAAGUUUUACAGCCUAAUCCUAAGGAGUUUUGGGCUAAGGUUGCUGGCCGUUGCAUACGGUUUAGUGCCGAAGAAUUUUACCUUAUUUCUGGUUUAGAUUGUUUCGGUGAUUGCAACAAGUUGUUGUUUUCACAGGAAACAAAUCAAUUGGUAGAAACAUGUUUCCGUGGUGUAAAAACUAUUGACAACAAAGCCAUCGAGGAUGCUUUUUUGGGUAGUCGGUGGGGUUUGGAUGAGUCUAUUGGUUUGAAAAUGGCUGUUUUGUAUUUCAUUCAGUGUUUUCUUCUUAGCAAUACUCCUGACAAAGAAGUGUCUAGGUUUGUUCUAGAUGUAGUUGAUAGCGGUCGGUGGGAUGAGUAUUGUUGGGGUAGGGAAUCAUUUGAAUUGACAAUUGACUCAUUCAAAGGUAGGAUUGAGCAUGGGAUCAUUAUGAAAAAUAGAAAGGCAGAGAAGGGAGGCCAAUAUGAUGGCUGGUAUAGGGCAUUGGGAUGUCCUUGGAUAAAAAACAUGCGUCCUACUGAUGAAGAGAGGCAAGCAGCCUUCAACUUGACGCAAUCCUUCGAGGGUGGCUCAUCUUCAAAGAAGUCGAUUCGGCGAGAUAUUGAUUGGAUGAAAUCUAAGCUGGAGAUGCUCAGUUCGAAUCAAUCAUCAUUGGUCGAGGACUUCAUUUCGUUGAGGUGUUUUGUUGAUUUUAAUUUUAAAUCCGUAAUGACUGUAAUUAAGGAUAUCCAAGAGAAGGUUAAUGCCAUUCAUCGUCGUCCUUCUGACGAGGGAAAGUCAUCGGAUGAAUUAGUAACUCAAGAUUCUGAUGAUGAUCCUGAUGAUGAUGAUGAUGAUGAUGAUGCCGAGGAUGAUGAGAAGCAAUUGCCUGAUCCAGAAAAUAUUGAUUCCGACUCCGACGAUGGUGGUGAGUUGGUUAAAGUUGGUGGGGAUGCUGAUGAUGCCGACAAGGUCAUUCUUCUUGUCCCUUCGCCGAUGUGA